CGCUUUCAAAAUAUGACGUGGUAGUGUUUCAUUUACCGUCAGAAAGGAACCUCUCCAUCGGUGAUUUCUAAUGCGGCAGGUCUCGUUACAGUAGCAUUUGACAUGAUCAUUAACACGAGGUAGUGCGAUCUGUACCGCUAACGCCUGCUUUGGACAACCGACUACAUCAUCAGUCGGUUAAGAAGUCAAGGGGCGCGUCGGCAGGCGAGGAGAGUUGAUGACGACCUUGAGUUGAAGAUGAAGAAGAGCUUAGACAAUGCCUUCAUUUGUGAAGUGCUGGUUCGACUACUACUUUUAACAGUGUUUUUAGUCACUGAGGCGUUGCCCCCUUUCACCCGAGAGAUCCAGCCCGAAGAGCUGUGGCUUUACAAGUUCCACCAUGUGGAGAACGACCACGUUCCCACCUCCCUCAUGUUUAGCAUCGCGCUGCUCACUCCGCUGGUGGCCAUCUUGGUGUUUGCCUUCCUGAGGAGGGCCGAGCGGGGAGACCUGAAGGAAGCUUCUCUGGCAGCGACACUGACUCUGGUGCUCAAUGGGGUCUUUACCAACGCAGUCAAGCUGACCGUGGGCCGGCCGCGGCCAGACUUCUUCUACCGCUGUUUCCCCGACGGGCAGUACAACGCCGAGAUGAAGUGCAGCGGCGACCCGGACACGGUGAUAGAGGGCAGGAAGAGCUUCCCCAGCGGACACUCAUCCUUUGCCUUCGCAGGGCUGGGCUUCACGGCUCUGUACCUCGGGGGGAAGCUGCACUGCUUCAGCCCAGCAGGUAGGGGGCGCUCCUGGAGGCUGUGUGUCUUCCUCACGCCUCUACUCUUCGCCGUCCUCAUCGCCGUGUCCAGGACCUGCGACUACAAACACCACUGGCAAGACGUGCUGGUGGGUUCUCUUCUGGGCAUGGUGUUCUCGUACCUGUGCUACCGGCAGCACUACCCGCCGCUCAGCGACCCCGACUGCCACCGGCCCCUCAGGCUCCGAGAAGCGCCCGGGGCCACGGGAGGGGCGCAGGAGAGCAAGCAGAGAUCCGGAUACCUCCUGCCCCUCUAGGGGCCUCUCUCACUCCCUCUCUCACUCCCUCUCUCCCUCUCUCAC